CCUCUUCCUGGGUCGCGACGCCGUCGUGCCUGGCUGCCCGGCCCAUGGCGGCGGCGGCGGCUUCUCCUCCCGGCGGGGUGGGCGUCGGGGAGGAGCCCGGGCGGCGGCAGGCGCUAGGACCCAGGUUUGUCUAUGAGCAGAAGAAUAUGUCUUCUCCUAAAGUCUAUGUUCUGCAGCCUUGGAUUACCAACCUCUUGGUGAAUUACGAGCAGCUGGAUGCCACUGAGAACCUCCUGGCCGGGCAGGUCCUGCGGGUUUUGAGUGACUCAACUGCUCCAGCUCAACCUGAGGUCCCCCAAGAUGCUGUCCUGCAGGUCUCAGAUGGCUCCUACUACAUCCGUGUGGUCAUUACGCCCGAAGCUCUGCAGGCGGAGGAAAAUGCCCACAUGCAGCUCAGGCUUUCCAGCCUUGUUUGCAGGAUUAUCGUCUUGCAGAAGUACACGGUGUGUUUCCGGGAUGAGGCCAGGCUGGAGGACUGUGAGUUUUACCUCACGGCCCAGCAGUUCAUGGUGCUGCCCAUGGAGAGGCAGAGGUUGGAGUCAUCCGAUGGGAACCAGGAGCCCUCUGUGAUGCAGAAGAUCAAGGAGCUCUGGCUGAGGAGUCUUGCGCUGAAGAAUGCUCCCAGCUCAGAGCCAUCCAUCUCUCAGCUGAUUGAUGCCAUGGGCCAGGACCAGCUGGAGGUUUUGAAGGAAAGUGCUGAGAAAUGCUUGGAUUUACAGAUGUCCAAGGAGACCCCUCCAGUGAUGGUGAAGGAUGAGGUUCCCGUCACCCAGUGGGAGGCAGAGCGCAAGAAGGAGCAGGGUGAGGACGUCUUCAUGGUCCCAGCCAACAUCCUGGUGAUCCCUCCUGAGGAAGAGGCAGUUGCUUGUGAUGCUUCCAAGGCAGACACGUGCGAAGCAGCUCCUGGGAAGAGCGGCGUUGAGAGGAUGGUGCCAGGUGACCCAAGUGUCAUAUCCCAAACCAGCCCUGCUGAGUCAACAGCCUUGUCGGAGAGCUCGGAGGGAUCCCUGGACAACCCCUGGAACAGGCUCCCCCAGAUAUCUUUGACCCUGAACUCUUCAGAUGCUCCCGUGCUUUUCCUGCACAACGUGAUAUGGUGGGUCACGUCCCACCAGCGGCCGCCUUGCCCCCCGCCCAAGCUGACCAUGUGGUUCCUCUUCCCAGAGAAGACCUCUCAACAUGACGUUUCACCGAAGACCCAGCAAGACGUGGUUGCUGACAGCAACACCCCAGACUUGCUGGAACAGUGUAGCCAGGACGCUGCCGAGGACUUGCCACCAGGAGAGCCGGUGCAGGCCUCCUCUCCCUCCCUGCUCUGCUCCUACGACAACAUCAGCCCGGUGGAGACCGGCACCACCCGGGCACCAGCAGCUGCGGAGGCAGCCAGCGAUGCCCCCUGCCCUCCUGGAAGCCUGGAGAUAGCGGGGGGCUCCCCGGCCGCCCCCUCGUCUCUUUCUCCAGCUUUUUCCAUCACGCCCAGCAGCCUCCCGCACCCCCUGCCCGAAGGGACGCCGCACAAGGAGCAGGCGGACUCCAGCGGCACGGCUUGCCCUCCGGAUACCUUGAAGCGUGGUUCAGCUGGUGCCAGGACCCGGGAAGGAGGUGCCCUGGGUGCCAAGAGGAAGCUGCUGGCGGGAGAUGAUGGCCAGGCGCUGCCCGGCCUCGGGAGGCAGAAGUCCCCCCGAGGUUCCAUGUGGGGCAGGGGGAGAGAGACGGGCAGGAGGCUGGAGCUUGUGAGCACACGGCGCACAAAGAAGAGCAGAAAGGAGGAGACAGGGCUGCAGCGUGGAAAGGAGCUCGUGGAGGAGGAGGAGGAGGAAGAGCAAGCAGCCCCAUCAAGUGGCCCCAGCUCCAGGCCCGAGCAGCACAGAGCUCUGCAGCCGUACGUGAAGGAGAAGCGGGCCCAGUACAGGUAUGAGGCACCGAGCCCCGAGCUCUGCGAGCGGAUACGAUCCGUCAGGAUCUCCAAGGCGAUGCUGAAGUGGGCGUGCUGGAUACUCAUGGACGGGGAGGUGGACUCCUGAGCCCAGCCCUUCCUUCGUUUCUUCACCAGUUCAGCAAAAAAUCACUUAAAACUUGGGGGAGGGAAGCCGGGGGACACCAGGGACCCCUGUCACCAAGGGGACCCCUGUCACCAAGGGGACUGCAGAGUAGGCUGGCCUGGCUCCAGAGAUGCUGGGGACAUGACCUGUUGGAGGCCAGCACCCUCAGUGCCAAGGCGGGGGGCAAAAGCAGCCGUUCAGGGAUGCCUGUGCGUGAGCCAGCAUCCCUCUCCCACCUCUCCUUCCCCAUCCCUUCCAAACGUCCCUUCCCGGUGGGCAGGGACAAGAGGUGACCUGGUGCCACCCCCGUUAGCAGGGGUGGCAGCGGCCCCACAACCUGAUCCCCGCUACGAAGGCAGCGCAGGAGUUUGGAGGUUUUAUUGAUGACAUUUAGGUAGGGUCCUGUACUCUUUGUUAGAAAAAAUAUCCCGCAGGGUUAUGUUGUAGAA